AUAAACUCAGAGAGAGAAGAAGGUUUAUCAAACAAAACUCAGAAACUCUUUAACAAAAUUCAAUCCUCGUCACAAAAGAACUUCACAGUAGAGUUGAGUUCAACAACGUCAUGGUGAUCAUUAGCAGAAAUGAGGUUGGAGGUGAAGUAGAAGAUGGCGGUGAAGUGAUUGAAAUGGCACAUUCUGGUGAUUACAAAUAUAAACCUCCUGAUAAAGAUUUGAUUGAUCUGGUGUUCUCUUGGACUCUCGAGGAUAUAUCCAACGAAGGGUUAUAUAAAGACAAGGUGGAAAAGAUUCCUGAAUGUUUCCAGUCAGUGGAGGAUUACCUGGGUUCUUACACUUUACCGUUAUUAGAGGAAACUCGUGCUGAGCUGUUUUCGAGUAUGGAGGUGUUACUUGAUGCACCAUAUGCUGAAGUGAUCUCAGUGAAGGAGUGUUCGCCACAUGGUUCAUUUCUGUAUGAGCUUAGAUUUGAUUCUUGGAGGAACCUAAAUUGUGAUAGUGGCAAAGAGCCAUACUCUCCCAAAUGUGGUGACCUUUUUGUUUUGUCUGAUGUGGCACCUGAAAUUGCCUCGGAUUUGGAGCACUGUGUAAAGACAUGUACUUUUGCUUUAGUUAUGAAAGAUAUGAAGGAGUCCAAUGCUACAGAAGAUGAUAAAGUAUCUAGUUAUUUGGAGUUCCGGACUUCAAAGUUGGAGGCUAAAGAUGGUAUGCGAAACUCUGUUUUUGCUGUGUUUCUGGUUAAUAUGACAACAAAAAUUUGAAUAUGGAGAGCAUUACGCAUGUCUGGGAACUUACAGAUCAUUAAGGAGGUUUUGUGCUCCAAUUCCAUGGUCGAAGAAGUCUGUAAUUUUUGUUCUUUAUAAGAUUAUAGCACUUGGGAUGAACAACUUGGCCGCAGAUUGUCAUUAGUUCUUGAUUAGUCUCAAGCAACUGCAGUACUUAAUUCUAUUUCGGUAGCGCUGUGCAAUCACAAGUCUUCUAUUAAACUUACUUGGGGUCCACCCGGGACUGGGAAAACUAAAACUCUCAGUAUCUUGUUGUAUACCCUCUUAAGUAAGAGCUGUAGAACACUUGCAUGUGCUCCAACAAAUGUUGCAGUUAAGGAAGUGGCCUUGCGUGUCCUAAAGCUUGUUAAAGAUCCUUACCACAUGGAUCCAGGAAAGGAUGAAUUGUUAUGUUCAAUGGGAGAUUUGCUCUUAUUCGGUAGUAGGAAUCGUUUGGAAGUUUUUGAUGAUCUCGAGGAGAUUUAUUUGGAUCAUCGUGUGGACAGGCUGGUAGAAUGUUUUGCGCCACAAAACAGUUGGAAGAAAUGCUUUUUAACCAUGAUAAACCUCCUUGAAGAUUGUGUUGCUCAAUAUCAUUUAUUGGAGAAUGAAUCACUCGGCAAGGCUAAAACUAGUGUCCGCAAUGAUUCCACCUCUAUGGUUCCUAAUUCAUUUCUCGGGUUCAUAAGAGAUAGAUACAGAGCGGUAGUAUCUCCUCUGAAAAGAUGUGUAAGUGAUUUAUGCACCCAUCUUCCAAAAAGAUUUCUGUUGCAGCAUAAUUUUGAAAGCAUGGUAUGCCUUCUUAAUUUGCUCGAUUCUUUUGGAAGUCUUCUGUCUCAAAAUGAUGCUAAUGACAAAGAAAUAGAGACGCUCUUUACUCAUGGGGAAGUUGUUGAUUCUUGCCAUAAGCUUGAGAACGAAGCAUGUACAUCUCGUAAUUCUGCUCAGCUGUACAAUAUCAGAAAUGAAUGCAUAGAUACUCUUAAGGUUUCUUUGUCAUUCGCUUUCUCAUGUCCUUCCAGAAAGUAUGAACAGAAGUUUGGUAUGGCAGUUUUGCUUUCAAUCUGCCUCCCUCAUCUUCUGCACAGCGUCUAGCUCAUACACUUUGCAUAGAGUAGAAAUGGAUCCGCUGAACUUGUUGGUUAUUUAUGAAGCUGCUCAGUUAAGAGAGUGUGAAUCAGUGAUACCCAUGCAGCUUAAAGGUAUACGGCAUGCUAUUUUAAUUGGUGACGAGCGUCAGCUACCAGCAAUGGUUGCUAGCAAGGUUUCUGAUGGUGCUGGAUUUGGAAGAAGUGUAUUUGAAAGGUUGAGUUCAUUGGGACAUUCAAAGCACCUUCUCAACAUUCAGUACAUAAUGCAUCCUAAAAUAAGUGCUUUCCCAAAUGCCAACUUUUAUUGGAACCAGAUUUUAGAUGCUCCCAAUGUUCUCUGUAAAAAUUAUGAAAGACACUAUCUUCAAGGACCUAUGUUUGGUCCAUACUCGUUCAUAAGCACUUCUGAUGGAAGAGAUGAACAAGACAAUGUUGCUCAUAGCAGAAAAAAUAUGGUGGAAGUAGCAAUUAUUUUGAAGAUUGUACAGAAGCUUUUUAGAGCUGUGGUUAAGUGUGAGUUUUUAAUUGCAUUACAUUUCCGUGUAAUUUAUAUGUGGCAGCAUGGGAUGUCAAUUUUGUUUGUCCUGCCUGAAUAUCUG